CUCCAUUAACGAAGAGUUUCCGCGGGGUGAUCCACAGAUAGCGAUAGAUGCCAUAAAUAGUAUGCAAUGGAAAAGUUUUUACAACAAAGAACAUGGCCGUGCAGUUGCAAGUUAGAUUCAUUACAAAACAACGCAAAUAUGCAGUUCCAAAUACUCCAUUUACAGUCCCAUCUAGUGUAGGCAGCAAUGAGCUUAAUUCGCUGAUUAACGAGCUUUUGAAAGGAAAUGAUCCAGAGAAAUGUUACCGAGAAAUAGAUUUUGACUUCCUGGUGUAUGGAGAAGUCUUACGAGUCCCACUGUCUGAUCAUCUAGAAGAGCACUCCAUAUCAAGUGAAGUUACAGUUGAUGUGGAGUAUUUUGAGCGAGUUCCUGCUCCAGAACCACAUGACUGCUUGCUUCAUGAUGACUGGGUGUCAGCAGUACAAGUCAGGGAUGGUUGGAUACUGUCUGGAUGCUAUGAUAACACCUUGCAUCUGUGGACAGCAAAAGGGAAACACCAGCUGACAAUUCCAGGACACACUGGUCCAGUUAAAGCUGUAGCAUGGGUGACACAUGAUGACAUGUUGGCAACAUUUGUAAGUGCAUCACAUGAUCAGACAGCCAUGCUCUGGGAAUGGAAUGUAUCUACUAAUGCUGUGGAAUGCAUUCAUGUCUGUCGAGGGCAUGAACGUGGUUUAGAGUGUGCAGGGGUCAGUCCUUGUCAGUCACGAAUGGCUACAGGAGGCUGGGACACACACCUCAAGAUCUGGUCAGCAGACAUCCAUGAGAAAUCAAAUGAAGGAAGAGAAUCAGUUUCAAAGCGUCUGAAAACAGAACAUGGAAUGUCUCAAGUUAGGACUCCAUUAAUGACUUUAAAGGGUCACAAAGAAGCUAUUUCUGCUGUACAGUGGACAGAUACAUCAGAGAUAUGCACCGCAUCAUGGGAUCACACCCUGCGACUCUGGGACACAGUGAUUGGUGGCAUCAAGAGUGAGAUUGUUGGGAACAAGUCUUUUUUUGAUGCAAGUUGGUCACCUCUAAGUGGAAUGUUAAUUACAGCCUCUGCUGACAAGCAUAUUCGGCUGUAUGACCCACGAUCCAAUGAGGGUUCACUGGUGAAAAGCACAUUUACAUCUCAUACUCAGUGGGUGCAGUCUGUUCGAUGGUCCACAAUAGAAGACCAUCUUUUCAUAUCAGGAUCCUAUGAUCAGCAGGUUAAACUCUGGGAUUCAAGAAGUCCAAAGGCUCCACUCUUUGAUCUGACGGGACAUGAUGGAAAGGUUUUGUGCUGUGAUUGGUCGAAGCCAGAACUGAUUGUUUCUGGAGGAUCAGAUAACACUCUACGCAUCUUUCACUCAAACCAGCACAAGUAAAGAACUGUUACUUGAACCAGAUAUGUAAAUUUCCAUGAAUUCAGUAAUAUUGUUACAGAAGAGCAUGAUUUGUGAGAGAUGUAACAAAUUAUUUGAUUUUAAUAAAUGUUUACGAAAUGGCAAAUUUAAAGAAAAUUCGUAGUUAGUUAAUUUGAUACAAAGUGAAGACAUGACAGAAGACAUAUCAAGAACAGAGGCAAGUGAAGUUUUCUGUUGAAGUAAUCUUGUUUAAAACUGUGGAAGAAACUGUAACAGGGAGUACACCCAAAUUUGCAGUAGGCAGAAAGUUGAUAUGAGGGAUGCAGUUAUGUACCAUGCAUCCUUUCAUGUAUACAACAGUCUCAUUUGAAAAUAAACCAUAACCAAAUAAUUGACUUCUGAAUCCCACAAAAUUUUACAAAAUACAAGAGAGAGACUUCUAAAUUCAUAUACCCAAAUACCAUAUAUGAUGGUCUCCUAAGUAACACCAUGAAACAAGGUGUGUAACGUAAACUCCGACAAUAAGUGCAAGUCAUGC